AUGCUCUACAGCGAUGAGCUCCCUGAAGACCUAAUCUACUCUCAGAUUCCCGGCUGUGGAUGUGAGGGACCGUGCGUAGACCCGAGGGAGUGUGCCUGCCUUGUGCGCUCUCAAGGCCGUAACUACAGCCAGGCGGAGCGCUUGCUGUUGCAGUUGCAGUCACCACAAGAGCUUCUCCAGCGGCCUGUCUACGAAUGCAACUCCGCGUGCUCAUGCCGUCUAGACACCUGUGUGAAUCGACUUGUCCAAAACCAUCUGGAAGACACUAGCGCCCUCUGCGUCUUCGAUGCUGGCGAGAAGGGACGGGGUAUCCGAGCGUCGCGUAAUGUGAGCCAAGGGGAAUUCGUGUGCGUUUACAGCGGGCUUUACCUGGGCCCUGGGCGUGCACGUGCUCUGUCCGCCUCGCAAUUAGCGACGUGUGGUCAUGUCUACGUGUUGGUUGUCCGAGAGUACGCCGGCGUAGAUUCUCGCCUGGUCUUUGAGACGACAGUUGACGGAGCCUGUGACCUCGAAGACAAACAAGCGCCGCUGCCCCUCGCCUGCCUAAUUAACCACUCCUGUGACCCCAAUUUGACGGUUAUACCCGUCCGAGUAGACUCCAUGCUGCCCUACUUGGCGUUUUUCGCAUUGCGCGGUAUUCGUGCUGACGAGGAACUAGCCUAUGACUAUGGAGAGAAGUCGUGUGAGAAGGGAGAUCCUUCUAAUAUCUCACGUCUAACAUGUGAACAAAUUCAAAUGACGAUCCACAAAGGAAUUCUUUUAUUAAGGAACAAAGAACGUGUUUACUAA